GCAAAAAAUGGCGAUUCGCAGCACAAGAGAGACGGUUCGGGGACUUAUGCGGGCAAUAUCUGCUACAACAUGCAGAUGUCCCGCUCAUGCUCAGAUGGAUCCCCGGGCUACUCCAGUCCUCAAGGUCAAAAGCAGCUCUAGUGACAACAGAGAAUAUGCUUUUGAGAUGGCGUGCUCGAAUAUCAGAUAUGGUGAAGGCGUCACCCAAGAAGUCGGCAUGGACUUCAUUAACAUGAAGGCAAAGAAGGUUGCACUCUUCACAGAUUCCAAACUAGUCAAUCUCCCACCUGUUAAAGUUGCAAUUGCGUCCCUGGAACAAAAUGGCGUCAACUAUCAACUGUUUGAUAAAGUACGCGUGGAGCCCACUGACGUCAGUUUCAAGUCUGCCAUAGAGUUUGCCCGUGCUGGUAACUUUGACGCGUAUCUGGCGGUGGGCGGUGGUUCUGUCAUAGACACAUGUAAAGCUGCAAAUCUCUAUGCAACAAAACCUGACGCGGAAUUCUUAGACUUUGUCAACGCUCCUAUUGGGAAGGGUCUCCCUGUAGAGCACGAAUUAAAGCCCUUGAUUGCUGUGCCAACAACCUCAGGAACUGGUAGUGAAACCACUGGCGUUGCCGUCUUUGACUACAUUCCCCUUGGUGCUAAAACAGGAAUUGCUAACCGUGCCAUACGACCGACACUUGGGAUCGUUGACCCUCUCCACACCCUGCACAUGCCUGAGCGAGUCGCUGCAUACAGCGGUUUCGACGUUCUUUGCCAUGCCCUCGAGUCCUACACCGCUCUUCCAUACCUGGACAGAAGCCCACGGCCAACGAACCCCAAAUUCCGACCAGCAUACCAAGGAAGUAACCCCAUCAGCGAUGUCUGGUCCAAUCACGCACUCAGAGUCGUUGCAAAGUAUUUCAAAAGGGCUGUAUAUGACCAGUCGGAUAUGGAGGCUAGGUCCGCUAUGCAUCUUGCUUCUGCAUUUGCUGGUAUAGGGUUUGGGAACGCCGGGUGUCAUCUGUGCCAUGGUUUGUCGUAUGCCAUCGCUGGAGGUGUGCGGACCUAUCAACCUGAUGAUUAUACCAAGGAUCAUCCAAUUAUUCCUCAUGGUCUGUCUGUCGUCCUGACCGCUCCGUCUGUCUUCAAGUUCACCGGUCCUUCUUGUCCAGAAAGGCAUCUUGAAGCUGCCAAAAUCUUAGGUGUUGAUGUGACUAAUGUGAAGUUAGCUGACGCCGGUCUUGUGCUGUCUGAACGAAUGAGAGAGAUUAUGCAGGAGAUGAAGGUCGAAGAUGGUUUGAAUGUGGUCGGGUUCACCACCGCCGAUAUCCCGCAGCUAGUCAAGGGCACACUUCCACAGACGAGGAUCACAGCUCUAUCACCGCGGCCACAGUCAGAGGAGGACUUGGCCAUGCUGUACGAGACCUCGAUGAAGAUCUACUAGAACUGAAUACUCCGGACAAUUACAAAAUACUCAAAAGAAUAGUUGAUCAGGUUUAUAGAGGUUGCCACAUUAAACGGAAUAAACAGGUUUGAUGCAGGGUUGAGCUGUAAAAUUCGCUACCUCCACUCAAUAGUUUGUGCCAAACACAUUCAAUGAGACAUUGCGUGAUACACAUAUGUAUAAGGACUCGAAAAUAGUUAAGUAUAAUAUAGUAAAGUAUAAUAUGUAUAUGUUGAUUUUACUGGAAUGCAAUUAUAAUAAUGGUUA